GACAGUGUGUCAGACGUUCAUUUGGUCAACAGCAUCUGGAGCAGAGACAACAAUCCUGUUUACACAUCGUUGACACCGGACCGAGCAUAUGACCAGAGCGAGGGGUGGGGGUGGGGUGGGGGUGACAGAGAGAAGGAUGAAGCGGGUCUGACAGCUGAGCACUCAGGACUUGGACGGUGGAGCCAACAGGGUUAAUAGAGGAGUCUUCAUGCCAAAGUUAUGAAAUAUCCAGGAAUCCACACGCCAUGUGGGGGACUGAACACCUGAACUUCGUCUCACAGGUUUGAACUUCUUUUUAUUUAUGAUUUACAGCCUUUAAAUCAGUUAAAGAGCUUUAAAAAUCCAUGAAUACAAACCAAAACUCUGUGUAGAUUCUCAAACAGACAGAGAAAGAUCUUCGGUCUGUUUUCUUGUGGGUUUCAGGAGCUGAAAGAGUGACUCUCCUCAUAAUGAAGUGUGCUGUGAUUCUCCUCUUAACAAGCUGCUUCUCCUGCUCUUCAGCCAGAUACACCCCCAACACAGCAGGUACAGUCCCAGCUUCUUCAAAACAAGAUUACUAACUCUGAAUCCACCUUAAACUGGAGUCAAAGGAGCCUCCAAAUCCCUGAUCAUGAUAUAAUCUGAUAUAAUCCUGACAGAUUAAUAACUGGAUGUUUUUACCUGUUUGGUGUCUUUGCGUGGUUACAUAGAGUUUCUCUGCCUUCACCUUCAGACUGGGAGCAAAGCUGCACAGCUGACUGGAUUUUCUGUUGAGAUAUUUCAGCAAAAUUUGUCCAAUAACAUCAAAAGUGUAAAUGCAUUUUAUUUGUACAUUCUGAUAAUAACUAGUUUGUGUUUACUGCUCAGUCGUGCAGAAGGAACAGCGAUAAUAAUACUGACAUUUGCAUGAGGUGAAACCUGCUUUUUUCCUGUAUUAGCAGCAGCCACCAGUAAACUGAAGUACCUCCUGGAGCCCCCCGUGUACCCCGAGGUCGUGGGUCGUCGUGGAGGUAACGCCACUCUGCCGUGUAUCCUGAAGACCAAACCCAGCCACUACAGAGUGAAAUGGACAAAGCUGACGCCCGAACACGAACACGUGGGUCAGCAAAACAUCAUCAUGAUAUCGAACUCACACGCUUCCAAACAAUAUGGCCACCUGGGUCCGAGGGCUGCUCUUCGAAAGGCCCACCCCAUGGACGCCUCCCUGCAGCUCAGCCGCCUGGAGCUGCAAGAUGGCGGCUCGUACCGCUGUGAGCUGGUGAACGGCAUCGAGGACGAGAGUGUCGUCGUCACGUUGAGGAUUGAAGGUAACUGAAAAAAGGAUCAGAGGUUUGGUAAAGCUGCUUUAGGAAGGUUGGUGUAGAUGAGGUUGAAAACCAGUUUAAUAAACGACAAACUCUACCUGUACUUCCAGGUGUGGUGUUCCCAUAUCAGAGCAAAGAUGGCCGCUACAAGUUCAGUUUUCAGGAGGCCAAGAACGUCUGCGCCAAGCAGGACGGUAUUUUGGCGUCGUACAGCCAGCUGUACAGAGGUACAACCGACGGUUCAGAUCACACUGUCGCAGGUUUAGCCGCUCUCUAACCUCACUCUGUCUCCUCCUGCAGCUUGGACGGAGGGUCUGGACUGGUGUAAUGCGGGAUGGUUAGACGACGGGACCGUCCAUUACCCCAUCAUCACACCCCGCCCUGUUUGUGGAGGAGACCUGGAUCCUGGAAUCCGCAGUUAUGGACCAAAAGAUAAGAAACUGGAUCAGUUUGAUGCUUUCUGCUUCACCUCACAGACCUCAGGUAAGAUCGGAUUGGAUUUAAUUUGACCUGAUUGGUUCCUCUUCUAAUACUUGGUGCAUCUGUUCAUGACGUUUUCUUCCCUGGAGAAGUCUUUGUCUGGAAAGCAGCAGAUGUUGCUCCUAAACCUGAAGAUAUUGUUUAAAACUGAGGAUGCAGCAUCUAGGGAUGCCUUAGAAACGUCUCAAGUAAGUCCAGCUGUCCUUUCUAAGAGUGUUAGAUUCUGAGCCAUCAGACCUCAGGACAGUUCAGGGACAAGUGACAUUAUAAAUGUUCUUCCUUGAGCUGCGGCACCCCGCUGUAGUCCGUAAUGGACUGGCCUGAGGUCUCUCUACAAACAAGCGUCUGCUGGAAGAGAGUAGGUGAGUUGUGUUUAGUCUCUUUGUUAAAGAAAUGAGUCAAAGUUAAAAAGAUGUUUGGUGUCUAGUACUAUGUCUGUGACCCUAUAUGUCCUGUUGAUGAAGUUAGGUGCUGUUCUGAGCAUUAUUUGUGGCUAUAGAGUGGCGUUUUGGUUGAGGGCGUGGCUCUCUGUAUUUCUAUCCUGCGGUCGUUACUAAAGUUGGUAUAACUAGAGAAGUAAGCGGUCGACAACAUUCAUCUCUGGAGGGGGGGGUCUAACUCGGUGUUACGGUGUUUUUGACCCUAAAUUAAUUUUACAGCAGAAUAUCCCUUUAAGGCGAUGCAGUGACUUCAACUACAGAGUCCUGAUGCUCCUUAAGAAAUGCAAUAAUACGAAUGCAAAAUAAACUUUUUCUGCAAUAAUUUAAGAGAAAAGGAAGAAAAACAGGAGAGAGAGACGGUAGGAGACAAAUGUGGAGACAGUGAAAGUCUGUUCAUCUGUGUCGUUGACCUUCAGCAGCUGUGGAGUUAGAGUGGGACUGAUCGUAGGUUGGUGGAGGACAAUAACACGUGUUGGCGAGACAUUGUGUAAUAGUUUAUCCAGAGGAAAAUAUUUGUUCUUGGAAACUUCGCCUGCAGACAGAACAAUCAGACUCUCACCAUGUAAAGGUGAAUAAACCGUUUUAAAGGACCAGGUCGUGUGUUUUUCUCUCUCUCAGGUUCUGUCUACUACAUCUCAGGCUCCUUCUCCUUCGAGCAGGCCGAACGGGCGUGUAAACAUCAGCGAGCCGAGCUGGCGUUGGUCGGCCAGCUUUACUCCGCUUGGCGUUUCCAGAAGUACGACCAGUGUGACGGAGGAUGGCUGAGAGACGGCAGCGUGAGGUUCCCCAUCAGUAACCCUAGAGAGCGCUGUGGAGGCCUCCCCGAGGCCGGCGUUCGCUCUUUUGGAUUCCCCAACAAGCUGAAGCACCUCUAUGGGGCUUACUGCUACAGGUAGUCCUGAGUGACGUUAAAACACACUUAUUAUCAGUGUCUCGACAAAAGUCUGAGGCUGUGCAAGAAAUCCAGGAGGAGGAUUUUCACUCCCAGCAGCUCGGUCUUGGUGAUCCGGGGCGGCAUGGAGGUUUUCACGGCUGCAGCAGGAUCAAGUUUUCAGUCGAAACAGAGAAACGCGUAAAAAUAAGAGCUCUGGGUUAGCUAAAAUGAACAGCUCAUGCAAGUUUGGUUAACUGAUAACUGCACCUGUCCUUUUUAACACAAAGUCCGAUUAAAAGCAGCUUUUAAUCUCACAUGUAAAUGACUCAGUCAUCUGCAGCUGGAAUGAGCCGGUUUAAUCCUGUUUUUAAUAAAGUCAUGUAUCAGUGAACCCAUCU